AUGGAUAGCGAGGAUGAUGAAUGGCACACCUCCUACGCUAUGUCUUCUGUGCCCAAAAAAAUGUUUUUCGUUAUUAUAGACAAAGGAAUAUCAGCGAUGCUCGAAAAUGACAGGAAUGUGAAGCUGGGCAGUUUUUAUGAGGUUAAAUAUGCGUUUAAUGGAAAGGCCACACCGGAGAAUAGAGCUCAACAUGUGAUUACUCAAUACAGACCUAUUAAGCCUCUUGCACAGUCUCAUGUUGAUACCGAUGAUAGAGGUCUACAACAUGUCAUCUUUUCAGUGUUUUUUUUUUUGCAGAUCACGACAAGUGCGGAGUAUGUAGGCCUUGUAAAUGCAGGCAACAAACGUGUAGCGAAGUUAUACAAUGAUACUUUCGGGAAUUUUAUAGACCUAUUUGAUUUAUGUACAUCAUCGAAAGCUGAUAAAUUUCGGUCAAUUUUUGUACCCAGGAGAAUCCUUGCAUAUCAUGAUUUACCUGAAAAAAUUCCCGAUAUACGGAGGAUAAUUGGUUUUGUAUGUUCGGCACCACAAAGGGAUGGAUCGACAUUCGUUUGGAGCAAAUACCUUGUAAAAAAUGCCUACCUAGACAUUCAAUAUUGCCGUCCGAAUGAAAACGUCGUUGGCUGCUGGGUUGAUGCCUCUGUCGACGUGUCGAGUAACCGAGUGGUCGAAGUAGUUGAUGUGAUACGCGAUGUAUUUGAUUCUAGAGUGUGUCAAGGGGUACCAGAAGUUCGAGCAAGUUUUACUUACCAUGGAUUCGAUGACAGAAAGGGUUGCAGAGUUUAUUACCACGACGACUUCCGCCAUAUUUUCGAUUAUAAUCAUAAAGUCAAGUACAAUCCUGAUGCCGGUUGGUAUAGAGGCUGGAUUUCGAAUCCCGAUCCCGAAUCUUCUGACUUUUGGAUUGUUUCAUCGCAACAGGAUGUCGUUUUCGCUGAAGACCUUAUCCGAGAACUCUCACCGGAACCAAUCUCAAGAAAUACAACCGGACUUCCGUAUCGUCCUGCUGGUUCAGUAAAUGAGGAAAUACCAAUACCAGGCAGCCCUACAAGCUUCCGUCCUGUGGACAGAUCAAUUGACGCUCGAAGGGAAACACCGCGUGCUUCUUUCCGUGCACAAACUUCGUCUGACAGUGAUGGAGAAAGUUUAGCACCAAGAGAACUCACGAAUUCGAGUUUAGCGGACGAUGUUGCCCCAGGUCGAAGACGUAUAACUGCCACCAGAAGCAACAAUAUUUUGUUGAGUUCUGACUGUGAUAGUGACUAUAAUUUGGAAAGAAGAGUGUCAUCUUCGAAUCACGCACAGAAAAAAGAAUCAUUCGAUGCACCAGUAGAUGGCGCUGAUAGAUCAUCCAACACUGUAGACGCUUCUAUAAAAGACAACUUUGAAAGCCUAAGACAGAAGAAUUCAAGGAUCUGUGCUUUGGUAAAAUCGUUCACUAAAGAUGAAUCUGUUUCUUUUUCGAUGCAAGUGUGGAGCAAUGAAGACUACGAGGAGCUCCUAAGUUUAGUAAACUCUAAUGACGAAUAA